UUGUUCGGAGAAAAUUGUUCGGAGAAUACGAAAGUUUACGUUAUAAAAUGAAUUCUUUAAAUGAUAACAUUCAAACGACAGUUCAUGAUAGUGAUGAACGUUUAACACCUGAUCCAGAAAAUAAAAUUAUGGUAGAUACUAUUAGAGAGUUAGAAGAACUGAGAGCUCUAGUGGGUCGGGAUUCUGUUAGAGACAUAGUGUAUGCUAUGGAAAUGAGAGCUUCAGCGGAACGAGACCGCAAAAAACUUGCUGAAGACAAGAGAAAAACACAUUCGUCUUCUUCCGCUGCAAAUGAAAAACUGAGUUCGAACGAACAACCAUCGUCAUCAACUGAAAAAGUAAAAGUAAUGGAUGAAGAUGAUAACAUUCAAACGACAGUUCAUGAUAGUGAUGAACGUUUAACACCUGAUCCAGAAAAUAAAAUUAUGGUAGAUACUAUUAGAGAGUUAGAAGAACUGAGAGCUCUAGUGGGUCGGGAUUCUGUUAGAGACAUAGUGUAUGCUAUGGAAAUGAGAGCUUCAGCGGAACGAGACCGCAAAAAACUUGCUGAAGACAAGAGAAAAACACAUUCGUCUUCUUCCGCUGCAAAUGAAAAACUGAGUACGAACGAACAACCAUCGUCAUCAACUGAAAAAGUAAAAGUAAUGGAUGAAGAAGCUAAUGGGAACAAAGAGACAAUGGAAGAGAAUAAAGAGAUGUCAGCAAUUGCAGAUGAUGAUGAAGAAUGUUUUGGUAUAUUUAAGAUUUUCUUUUUUCUCCUCUGUCUACAAUGA